UGCAACAAUACAGUGGGUAGGCCUCAGGAGAGACGACACUCUGAUGUUGCAUCAAUAUUUACAAGCAGACAGCCACUAUUAACUAUUCCAUGGCGAUUUUGAAUGACAACCACAAUCGUAAUUUGUUUUAUUUUUAACAGCCGCCUUGAGGACACGUGAAGAGGCUCGUGCUAAUAACUUACCUGCGACCUAGCCCGUUAGCCAAAGUUAGCGGACUCGGACUCUGCAAGGGUUAGAAAACUUUUUAUACCGCACUAAAAAUCCAGUAAAAUUAUAUAUAAACAACUAUUACCCUCGUGACUGCGGAAAAUGACCGUAUAACGUUACGAAAGCGAAACGGAUUAAUGACGGAUGAUGGAUUAUGCAGACGAUCAUGUGCAGUCAGUUGUAUUCUUAAUAACUGAUGAUUAGGUCAGAGACUAUCAUGGGCGGAGGCAAAUGCUGGAAACCACUAUCUAAACUUUGCUGCCAUAAACACUCCUGGCUAAUUUGCAAGUGAUGCCCGGACUGCAGUUCUGCUGUACUCGGUCAUGGAAAAAAGAGAGGAAAAGGAGCAGGAAGAGCUCAGUGUUCGCUUGCAGAGGGAUGGCGUGUCCCCUGAGGCCUCAGGACAGGAGCGCGAGCGGCACCUGUGGGGCUUGCUCCAGCACAGCGAGAGCAGCCUGAGCACAGCCACUGAAGACCUGCAGACUUUACGCACACAGCAGGCCAGCGAGAUGAGAGAGGUGAGUGGAAAUUAUGUGGAGCAUAUUCGAAACAUGCUGGAGGAGCGCGAGUCUCUUACAGCCGAGUAUGAACGUGACAAUGAAAAACUCCGUUCUGAGCUCGCGCUAAUGAAACACCAACAGGACUCCCAGUGUAAGGAGGUGGUGGAGAUGCUGGAGCAGGAGGGUCUAGCAGAGAUCAGCCAGAGCAGUGCCAGUGAGCAGGUGGCGUAUCUGCUGGUGGAGAGAGCUACUCUACUGGAGAGACUGGAGGCUGCUGAAAGAAAGCUGGACACUCAGACCCUCACUGGCAACCUCAGAGAAGUCCAUCUACAGGAGGAGCUGGAUCAUAUCCGUCACACACUGGAAGAGGAACUUGGACAGCAAAAGGAAAACAUGAAUAAGGAAUCAACAGUUCAAAGUCCAUGGAGGAAGUUCUUUGGUGUGCGCAAGGCUACACUAAGAGUACAGAACCUUCCUGUCCACGGCGAAGAGCUUAGUAGAGAACGAAAGAGACUGGAAAGAGAUCUGGAAGAGGCGUCGAAUCGUCUUGCUAUGGCACACAAAGAGAUUCGCCAUCUGACAGAUGAACUAGAUGUCGCUCGUAAGGUUCAGAACUUAUGUGCACCAGAUCUGCAGAAAACUGGGGAGGAGGUGCAGCAAUUAAAACAGGAAGUGGAUAAGCUGAAACAGUGUGAUUUGGUGGAGCUGCAGAAGGCCAAGGAACGUAAUGAAAGACUGGACGGGGAGAUUCGUGUGUUGAGGGACAGAGUUCGCUCUUUGGACACUGAGAGGAGAACUCUUCUUAAACUGGUUGAACAAUCAAAUCUGCACUCGACUCAAGGGAUCAGUGUAUCAUUAGAGCACAAUAAACUACAAUCUAUACAGAGUGUUGGGAAUAAUGUCAGUCCUGAUCCAUCACUGGCUGUAGAGGAUGAGAUACUCCACAAAAGGUGUCGGAGAGAGUCUGAGGAUAAGGACAGUCGACUGCGAGAGCUGGAGAGGAGGUUGCAGAAACAGCAGCGGGAGCACGAGGAGCUGGUGGAGCGCAAUGAGGAGCUGGAGGCACUGCUGGGGGAGGCACAGAACACUGCCAAAGAUGAGCGAGAGCACCAUGAGUGUGAGAUAGAGGGCUUACAGAGAAAGAUUAAAGGUAUUGAGGAAGAACUGAGAAAGAGGGAUCUUAAGAAAAUUGAGAAAAAGGAUGAAGAUCUGUUUCAAGGGACUGACUUUGAGAUUAGUAAGAGCAUUCAAGAAAGGCUUAAGUUCCUCGAGAGUCGUCUUGCUGAAGAAAAAGGUUGGAGGAAACAGCUGGAAGUCGAUCUGUCUGUAGCCAAGGCUGCUCUCAAAAAGGAAAAGGAGGUUAUGCUAAGAGACCAUGAGGAGCUGAAGAGAUUACGUGUGGAGGUUCAGAGACUGGAGGUGGAAUGUCAUCAAGGGAAGACUCUUAACAAGAACCUGACGCAGAUUAAAGGAGAAAAGGGAAUUUUGGAAGAAAAGGUGGCCCAGUUGGAGCGUGCUCAGUCUCGAAUCCAGGAUGACCUGACCCUUCAGAAAGAGAACAGCCAGGCUGAAGAGGACUUGAGAGACAGCAGGGGACAGGUGGCAGAGCUUAAGUCCAUGGUGGACAAGCUGCGAACAGAACUGACUCGUCUGGAGAAGGAGCACAACACACUCAGAGAUGAGCUGAUGGAGAAGCGUGGACUUGUGCUGCAGCUGCAGAAGGAGCUCAGUGAGAAAGCUCAUGAGAGGCUUCAGACCGAUGGAGAGAAGGAGAGGCUCAGUCUGGAACUCCUGCAUGUGCAACAGCAGCUCCAGUACACCAGAGAACAGAUACCCAGAUCUGCACAGGAGCACACAGCUAACCACAAGCCCACUGCUCAGAAUGAAGGAGGUUGUCAGCUGGCCUGUGUGAAGUCAGAGGUCAGUAAACUACACUCCACUUUGGAGGAGGAGAGACAGCUGGCCAGUCAACACCAGCUGGCCCUGCAGGCCCAGAUUGCUGAAGCUCAAUCCCGGGUUAAGGCUCAAGACUCACUUCUACAGCAGAAAGGAGAAGAGAACAAACAGCUAAAACAGGACCUGCAGAGAACCCAGCACCUCUUCACCUCAGCUGAGCGAGAGCUACGCUACGAGAGAGAGAAAAAUCUUGACCUUAAGAGACACAUUGCACUCCUAGACCAGGAGAAGGUCAAGCUGUGUGCAGAGCUGAAGCAGGCCCAUGCCAAGGUAGCCCAGCAUGAAGGGAGCGCAGCAGGACAGGUGGCAGAGCUGGAGCGACUCCAGCAGAGGGCCAGAGACCUGGAGCUGGAGAUGGCCAGAAGCACUCAGAACCGUCAGACAAACAGCAGCCUAAUGGAUGAGCUUAAUUCACAGAGGUCACGUGUGAUCGCUGCUGACAAGAAGGUUGUAGAACUGCAGCAGCUGCUGAAGAAUGCUCUGCACCAGCUGCGCCUGGAGGAGGCCAGAUCAGGAGAGACCAGCAAACUGGAGAGAGACACCAGAGACAUGUCUGAUAACCUGUCUGCUCUCAGAGCCCAUUUGCAAGAGGAGCAGCUACAGAGGAAAUUACUUGAGCAGAAGGAUGAGGAACUCCAGCAGCAUGUGCGGUCAUUGCGGGCAAAGGAGGCAAGUUUGAUACGCACAAACUUGGAAAUAUCUCACCGUGUACAGGAGUUGGAGACUCGGCUGCAGGUCCUGGAGAGUGAACUUAACACUGCUAGAGAAGAGCAGAGAAGUGGUCAGAAGAGCUGCCACAGGCUAGAAGAACAGCUGCUGGCUGCCCAGCACGAGUCUGAGAGACUGCAGGAAGAGCUGAAGCUGGUCGUCCAGCAGCUUGACACAAACAUCAGGAGAUACAAUGAAAAACAGUCACAGCAGAAAACCAAGUUGCGCAAAGCUAAACAGAUCUUCAUGAAGACAGUCAGCCAACAUGAGCACAGAAUCCAGGAGCUGGAGAACGAUCUGGCUCUUGCAACAAGUCUCUCAGAGAAAGAGAAGGACUGGAUUAGGACUGUGACAGAAGAAAACGAGCAACUGCUCCUGGAGAGACGAGAACUUCUUCAGCGAAUAAGUGAGGCAGAGGAGAUGGGCAACAAUGGACUGAGAACUGCCACUACAACCCAGCAGAGAGUUAAAUUCUUGGAAAUGGAGAACAAACAGCUGCAGGAGAAAACUCUAACACUGGCCAAUCAGAUAGGAAUUUUAGAUCGUGCAUUGAGAAACCUUCAGUCGGUGUGUACUGUUGAGGAGGUCAAGAAAAUGUUUCCAUCUGGAGCUCAUCAUGAUGGUCUGUUGCGGACAUCAACUCCAAGUCCACAGCCUGGUCUCUGUGACUCAUGGGGAAUAUUGGAUGCCAUCCGCAGAGUCAAAGUGGGUGAAUCUGGAGUGAAGAGCAUGGAGAUCUCCUCAUCUGUGCCUGUUUCACAGUCCACUGAGAUAGGCUACCUGAACCUGACCUCCCCUCUGAAUCCCAACAGCAGGUUAGAGCAGGAGGAGAGUCUCAGUGCCACAAGCGAUGAGGCCUGAUGACUGUCAAAUGCCACCACAGAGUUUGCCAAUUCUGAAAAGUCACUGGAUCGAUCAAAAACUUUAUUAUUAAGUGAACUGUAAGUGGGUUAAACAUAGACGGCUUGCUCAAGGAGUGGGUUCUAUGGCACUGUGACUCUGUGUUUCAUUUUUUUAAGUCUUCAUUUUCU